CAAAGUCAGAAGCAAAACCACUGCCAAGAAAGAGGGAGAGAAAAGAAAUCAGAAAUGGGUUAAGGCUUAGGAGAGAGAAACUGAAAAACUGAAGGAAAAUAUUUUUAUCGCAAAUUUGGAAACCAACUCAAACUCAAAUUAUUUGGUUCAGUUUUUAUGCUCUGUAAACUCCUGCUUGCCGGUUUUUCUGUUUUUGUCAUCUCAUUCAUCCUCAUCAUCAUUAUCUUUCUUCCAAAAAAUAAUUAUUUAAUCCCAGAAACUCUUGGAAAUGAAAGGAACCGUCUUUUCUGUAAACUGAUCCCAUUCUUAUGAUUUUGUUCUUCAAUUUCUACUUUUUUCUUACAAUGUUGGUAGGAAGUCCAACAUUCUUAACCCUGAAACUGACACGUUAAGAGUUACACCAAACGCAACCCAUUCCAAUAUCUGCUUUUGUUAGGUAGCUACAUUUCUAUCACAAUGGCUUCAAAAUCCAGUUUAUCUGAAACUCCCAACAAAGGAACACCGGCUACUCCCAAGAAAGCAGCAUCAGCCACUCCCAAGAAAGCACCAUCCACCACUCCCGGCAAAGCUGCUUCAGCCACUUCCAAUAAAGCAUCCCCUGCAACUCCAAGAGUGAGCAAACUCAGCAAGGGAGUUCCCAAGUCAGAAGCUGAAUCACCAUCGCCUCUGCAAGCUUCGCGCCUUUCUGCAGAAAGAUCACCGCGAACUGUGAAUUUGAAGCCCAAUGUUGAGCGAAAAUCACCAAGGCCGGUCACCACUCCACCUGAUAAACCACAACCACGAGCUGCUAAGGGUUCAGAGUUGCAGACCCAGUUGAAUCUUGCUCAAGAAGAACUAAAGAAAGCAAAGGAUCUGCUGGUUCAGGCUGAGAAAGAGAAGGCAAAAGCACUUGAUCAGUUGAAAGAAGCCCAGAAGCUGGCCGAGGAAGCAAAUGAGAAACUCAGAGAAGCAUUGGUGGCUCAAAAGCAGGUUGAGGAGGAUUGUGAGAUUGAGAAGUUCCGAGCUAUUGAGUUGGAACAGGCUGGAAUUGAAGCUGUCCAGAAGAAGGAAGAAGAAUGGAAGAAAGAGCUUGAAAAUGUGAGGAGCCAGCAUGCCGUGGAUGUGGCUUCUCUUCUCUCCACCACUCAGGAGCUUCAGCGGGUUAAGCAAGAACUCGCCAUGACUUGUGAUGCAAAGAACCAGGCACUGAUUCAUGCUGAUGAGGCAACAAAACUUGCUGAGGUUCAAGCAGAGAAAGCAGAUAAUCUUUCAGCCGAACUGAGGUAUUUGAAAGCCUUGCUAGAUUCGAAGCUGGAAACCGAGGCUAGUGAAAACCAGAUUGUUUUGAAGCUAAAAACAGAGAUAGAGGUUCUCAAAGAAAAAAUUGAAAUGGAGGCCAAAGGUUACAAUGAGAAGUUGACGGAGAAAGAGAAUUAUAUUGAACAGCUUAAUGUGGAGCUUGAAGCUGCAAAGAUGGCUGAAUCUUAUGCACAUAGUAUGCUUGAAGAGUGGAAAAAUAAGGUUGAGGAACUAGAAAUGAGAGUUGAAGAAGCAAAUAAAUUGGAGAGAUCUGCAUCGGCAUCUUUGGACUCCAUGACAAAACAGCUUGAAGGAAACAAUGAUUUGUUGAAUGAUGCCGAAUCUGAAAUCAAUAUUAUCAAAGAGAAGGUAGCGUUGUUGGAAAUGACUAUCGGGAGACAAAAAGGAGAUCUUGAGGACUCAGAGCAGUGCCUUCUUGUGGCUAAGGAGGAAAUCCAUGAAAUGUCAAAGAAGGUCAAGUCUCUUGAAUCUGAACUCAAAACUGUUGAGGAAGAGAAAGCCCAGGCAUUGAGCAAGGAGAAGCUUGCAGAGUCAAGUGUGCAAAUCCUAUUAGAAGAGAAAAACAAACUCAUCAAUGAAUUGGAGAUAUGUAGAGAUGAAGAAGAGAAGAGCAAAAUGGCAAUGGAAAGCUUGGCUUCUGCAUUACAUGAGGUAACUGCAGAAGCUAGAGAUGCGAAAGAAAAGCUUUUAGCCAACCAAGCUGAACAUGAAAGCUAUGGGUUGCAGGUUGAAGAUUUAAAAGCCGUUUUAAAGGCUACGAAUGAAAAAUACGAGUCCAUGCUCGAUGAUGCACGGCGUGAGAUUGAUGAUCUUACAUUUAGAAUCGAGAAUUUGAAGGAGGACAAUGAGAGCUCCAAGACAGAGUGGGAGGAGAGGGAAAAUCAUCUAAGCAACUGCUUAAAGCAAACCAAAGAAGAGAACACGUCUCUGGGAAAAGAAAUAGAUAGGUUGCUUCAUUUGCUUAAAGAAACUGAGGAAGAAUCUAGUGCUAAGAUGGAGGAAGAAGCUCAACUGAAGGAAAAUCUAAAAGAAGUGGAGGCUGAGGUGAUCCACCUGCAAGAAUCACUGAAAGAAGCGCAGGCGGAUAGCAUGAAAUUGAAGGAGAGUUUGUUGGAUAAAGAGAAUGAGUUUCAGAAUGUUUUCCAGGAAAACGAAGAACUCCGAGCAAGGGAACUCGAAUCUAUUCAGAAGGUGCAGGAGUUAUCUAAGCUGCUUGAAGAAGCUACAAUUAGAAAAGACAGCAAGGAUAAUGAAGAUCUUUCAGAGAGCGAGAAGGACUACGAUUUGCUCCCUAAAGUAGUCGAAUUCUCCGAGGAGAACGGACAUGGACAUGGACAUGGAGGAGAUGAUGUAUCGAAAGAAAACAAGUCUGAAUCUCCGAAACCAGAGAAUGUGAAUGGAGAAGUGAAGCAAGGAAAAGAUGAUUCAGUAAAAGUUGAAUUCAAAAUGUGGGAGAGCUGCCAGAUUGAGAAAAAGGAGUUAUCAUCAGGGAAAGAACAAGAUCCUGAACCCUUUGAUUCCUUUGGAGAGGAAGUUGUUGACUCAAAGAACAUUGGAGUCAAUGCUGCCACCGCUGUAGAGAACAAGAGUGAUGGUGAAAGCCAAAACGAAAGCUCACCAUCAAAGGAACAACAAUUCAAGAAGAAGAAGAGAUCACCACUUGGCAAGCUUGGAAGCCUGUUCAAGAAAAAGAGUGGUAGCAAAUAGAACAAACAAACAACACAUUUUGUUAAUACUCCACUUUGGCAGUUACAUAUUGAACAUCAAAUUGUUUGCUGCACCUAUUUAUGGUUUUAUGAUGAUGAUCAUAUCUGCUUGUAAUAUUGUUUAGGAUUUUUCUUAUCUGAUCACAUUUUAUUUCUUUU